GGAAAACUCAGAGGUGUGAGCAGAGGGCAAUGUAGGAGUUUACCUGUAAUGACUAAUAGGAGUUGACUCAAGUCCAGGCAGUGGUGCUAGCAGUGAAAACUUCACAAAGACACCAGAACCAUGUCUGUUUUCCUGCUCUGCUCUCUUCUGCUCUUCGGUGUAAUUCAUGCCGCUGACGCUGCGGCUCCAGCCCCGUUCGGCCCUCCUUCCAUCGGGUUCAGCUCUCCGUUCCGCUCGGUGUGUAAACCCAUUCCGAGCACCCUGUCUCUGUGCCACGGCAUCGGCUACCGGCGCAUGUGGAUCCCCAACCUGCUCGGCCACGACUCCUUGAAGGAGGCCCAGCAGCAGUCGGCCGCCUGGCUGCCGCUCAUCUCCAAGCUUUGCCACCGGGACACCAAGAAGUUCCUGUGUUCCCUGUUCGCUCCGGUGUGCCUGCCGGAGCUCAGCUGGCCCGUCAGCCCCUGCAGGGGCCUCUGCGAGGCCGUGCGGGACGGCUGCGUGCCCGUGAUGAGCGCCUUCGGGUUCCCCUGGCCCGAGAUGUUUAACUGCUCCCGGUUCCCGGGUGGGACCGAGCUCUGCAUCCCAGCAACCGGACAGCAAGAGGAGCGGACGGAAGAGGAGGUCAAGCGUGAAGAAGAGCUGAAAGGACGUGUUAUCUGCGACGCCUGCAGUCUGACUGCUGAAGGAGAGUCUGAUAUCCAGGAAAACUUCUGCCACAGUCCAUACGCCUUAAAGAUGCGUCUGGACAGCGUGUCAACAGUGGGCGGCGACCGUCAGCUGGUGCCUGUGGCCCGCAGCCGCAUCCUGAGGUGGGCAGGGGGUGCCGCAGAGAGGGCUCAGGAGUUUGGAGGCGCAAUGGCCCACGGGGCUUUGUGGCUGCAGGAAGGAGGGAGCUGUACUUGUCCCGGCUUAGAUUUUGCAGAGAUAAAUGAUGAGAUGAAGCAAAAUGAGGAGACGACUGAUAAAAAACAGGCAAAAAGAGGAGGAAGGCUGGAGAAUAGACCCCAAGAUGGAUGGUACCUGGCCCUAGCUCAGGCUGAAGAAGGGAGACUUGUUUUGACUCGACUCGUUAAGUGGACCCAAGGGGUCAAAGAGCUUAAGAAGUUCAUCAGAACUCUUCUUAAAAGGCCUUGUUCAAAAUUGUAAACAAUAAGGCAUUUUAGUUUGUUGCAGAGUUGCUGCUUGUAACUGUAUGUUACUAGCGGUUACAAUUUAUAUUUAUUCACCCAAAUAUAACAAACACAAUCAGGAUCAAGCUGUCAAUAAUUAACAUUCGAUAGUUUCCUGAAAAUUAUGGUUGGUAAAUAUUUAAGCAACAUCACAAAAAAAAGCUGCCUUUCAUACAUAGUAGUCACUAUAAAAGCUGUUUCAUUCUAUAUGUGUGGGUGUUGACAUACAGUGCCUUGCGAAAGUACUCUUCCCCCUUGAACUGGUCAACUUCUUGCCACAUUUCAGGCUUCAAACAUAAAAAUAUAAAAUUAAAAUUUUUGUGAAG